GACUGACUCCUAUCCUGGGGGGAAUGGGGGACAGACUGACUCCUAUCCUGAGGGGGAAUGGGUGUUCAUUGCUUGACUGCUUGUUUGUUUUGAAAAUAGAUAAAUAGUCCAGCUGUCUAUCAACCCUCCAUCCUCAUUCCCCUCUCUCAAAAACACAAACUUGAAUAAAACUUUGGGUGGGUUACGUUCUCCUAGCUCCAUAUUGUAAAUCAUGCAAGUCGUUAUUAAGCAAAAAUACUAUAAAUAUAAGGAAGAGCGAAUGAAAUCACUGUAUAAACUGGUUAAAGACUCAUUUCUUACUUAUAUACCAUAUUGUUAAAUAAACUGUGCGCAACAGUUAACACUUGGAGUUAUACUUCUGUGUCAUAGUGGUUUGUGGGAUUGUUUGCCCUGCAAUUUUGAUAGCAUACUUGAACUAGGAUGAGGUUGUGAGCGUGUUUUAGAAAAUGAGGGGGAAAGUGAGUAUUCGGGCAGUCUCAGAAUGAGAACAGGUAAAGUGAGUAUUUGGGCAGUCUCAGAAUGAGAACAGGUAAAGUGAGUAUUUGGGAAGUCUCAGAAUGAGAACAGGUAAAGUGAGUAUUUGGGCAGUCUCAGAAUGAGAACAGGUAAAGUGAGUAUUUGGGCAGUCUCAGAAUGAGAACAGGUAAAGUGAGUAUUUGGGCAGUCUCAGAAUGAGAACAGGUAAAGUGAGUAUUUGGGCAGUCAGAAUGAGAACAGGUAAAGUGAGUAUUUGGGCAGUCAGAAUGAGAACAGGUAAAGUGAGUAUUUGGGCAGUCAGAAUGAGAACAGGUAAAGUGAGUAUUUGGGCAGUCUCAGAAUGAGAACAGGUAAAGUGAGUAUUUGGGCAGUCAGAAUGAGAACAGGUAAAGUGAGUAUUUGGGCAGUCAGAAUGAGAACAGGUAAAGUGAGUAUUUGGGCAGUCUCAGAAUGAGAACAGGUAAAGUGAGUAUUUGGGAAGUCUCAGAAUGAGAACAGGUAAAGUAAGUAUUUGGGCAGUCUCAGAAUGAGAACAGGUAAAGUGAGUAUUCGGGCAGUCUCAGAAUGAGAACAGGUAAAGUGAGUAUGUGGGCUUCAUUCAAAAAUCUCUCGAAGCCAUGCGAAUUUCAGGUAAAACGGGCUCCCGAGUGGCGCAGCGAUCUAAGGCACUGUCACUACAGACACCCUGGUUCGAAUCUAGGCUGUAUCACAACUGGCUGUGAUUGGGAGUCCCAUAGGGGCGGCGCACAAUUGGCCCAGCUUCAUCUGGGUUAGGCCGUCAAUGUAAAUAAGAAUGUGUUCAAAACUGACUUGCCUAGUUAAAUAAAGGUUACUUUAAAUAUAUAUAUAUAUACAUUACACACAAAGCUGUUGCAAAUGACUGUUACCAUGAUUUCAGGGGAGAAGCUGUGGAUUUUAGAGUAUUUUAUUGUUGGAUCAAAUGAUGAGCCAUCAAGCCCCAAAAAAUGUUUAUGGUCACUUAUACUUCAGUUUAAAGCUCAUUGCUAUUCUUCUACUGGUAAUAUUUUCUAAAUGUUGUAAAUUAUUUAGUACUUUAAAAUAAUAAAGGUAUUGUAACGCAUAAAUCCACCCUAUCACAUGACCUGGGUAGACGUCAAUCCUGUUGUCACGUGACCGGAAGUAUGUGAAGCAGUCGAAUGUGAGUAUUUUGAAUAAAGACACAUUUAGCUAGUAAUACACGUUUUCACUGUCAGAUGCAACUGUUCAAUUUUCAUGCAGUAAUGGCACAUUCAUUCCUAAAUUAUGCAGAAUAUUUAUGCUGAAGAGAGGAUAUUUCACAAAUGUCACCUCACAUUUUUAGCUAGCUAGCAGCAUUAACCUCCAUGGCUCUCAGUCCCGAGAGGCUAACGUUAGCUACUAUCACGACAACACAUCUAGCUGUUUAGUGGCGCAAGAAGCAGAUCACUAAUAGUCAAACACAAUGGACGACUCUGAUCAAGACUUCGUGGACCUCUGCUCUAAGUUGCUCAAACGAGUCCGCAGAAAAGCAGGCGUAACCGAGAAGAGAAGUGUUGCAGAGCCCUCGUCCCAGGACACUGUGAAAGACAUACCCACCAAAAGGGUGACGAGGAAGAAGAAAGAUGUUGGCCCAAGUUCAAAGGGAGUUUUGGGUAACAACUCUGAACACGUUUCCUCCAUCUCUACCACUUGUGAUGAACCAAACCGACUUCCCUCCAAUACAGACAAAUCUAAACAAGCAGUGGUCAAUGGAGGUAUUGAACUUGGUGUCGGAGAGAAUGGGUCAUCAGUGGCUGUGGAUGUUGCUGGGGCUCAACCUGAGGAUAGGGGAAUGGGGGUGAAGGAGAAAGUGUCUGUGGAUGUUGCUGGGGCUCAACCUGAGGAUAGGGGAAUGGGGGUGAAGGAGAAAGUGCUACACCGGAUGCAGCAGUUCAAGAGAGUCAAUCCACAGAAGCUGGUGCAUGGUGAGAGGAAUCAGCCUGCAGCAACAGGGAGUGAAAGUGACAGCGCUGCUCCGCAUCCACUGCCAGAUAAUGAAGUUCCAUCCACCUCCGCCUCUUCUCCCCUACCACUGGACCCCCAGGUGGAUGACUCGGAUGAGGCCCUGGCCCUGCGUCUACAGGAGGAGCUGGACAGGGAGGCCCAGGCUGUGGCCCAGGGUAGUGUAGUGGACCUGGAGCAGGGAGGCCUGUUCUUCUGUCAGCUCUGCCAGAAAGACCUGUCUGCCAUGAGCCCCGCAGGACGCACCCAACACAUCAACAGGUGUCUAGAUGAGAGUGAGGACAGUGCUGCCCCUGCCCCUCCUCCCGCUCCCAGCGUCCCAGAAUGCCCCAUCUGUGGUAAACGGUUCAAGUCCCAGAUUAGUCGCGUGGCCCACCUGAAGCGUUGCUCCUCCACGAUGGGCGUGGCUCCUGCCAUGCUGCUGCAGGCUGUACAGAGACAAGUUGCAGAGGGCCUGACUGACAGCACCGCCAACCAACCUCUGCAGGCCGGAGGUUCCAAGCGUAAAGGCUCCACAGACCCCAGCCUCCCGGGCAGGAAGAAGCCCAGAAAGAAGCCCCGUGGCCUGGAUGAAGACACCAUGGUGGCCAUGGCCCUGUCCCACUCCCUACUGGAGCAGGAGAAAGAGAUGGAGCGGGAGAUGCAGAGAGAGUUACAGAGGGAGAGAGAAGGUGGUCAGCAGCUCCCAGCCGUCCUCCCUCACAUUUCUCUGUCACCAUUGAAGUGGAGAGCUGAACCAAGUAAGACGUGUAAGGGGCGUGGCAAGCGGAAAAAGGGUGCACCCCCUCGCCCCCCUCCCCUCCUCCUGGUCCAGGACUCGGAGACAGCCCUGAGGCGACUACAGGAGCGCGUGGCUGGCCUCCUCCUCCGUACCCGCGCCCCCUCGCCUCCCACCCCCACACGCUGCCCCAGCUCCCUGCCCUCCUGCAGAACGGGUGCUGGCCCCCUCUGGCAGAAGAGUGCGCUGCGGGACGGAGGGCCGAAGGUCAUCUCUGAGUUCUACACCCCAGAGCUCAGAGAAUUUAUACAGCCUUGGGUGUCUGUAAAGAUGGAUAUGGUGUUUCCCACCAAGGCCAUGCCUGGAUCCUCCACCAACCUUUCCUCAACAGAAAGCAUCUCUAUGACCAAGCAAUCUAUCCUUUCCUCCCAACAACCAGUCUCCUCCACCCAGGCAGCCCCCUCUUCGCUCCCUUCCACCCCAGGGACAGGGCACCUUCCAGUGGGCAGCCAGACUCUGUGUGACCUGAUGGAGCUGGCUGAUGAGGGAAUGACCCUCACACAGUGGGGCUCUUCUACCCCAGGACCUACCAGAGACAAAGAGAACACUGCUACAGACUUCCACCUGAGUGGCUUUGUUCCUGAGAGCACAGACGAACCCCCUGACCUGUGUCUCAGUGGCUUCAUCCCAGAGAGCAGUAGAAACACUGAAAGCCAUCAGAUGAGAUCUCUUCCUCAAAGCACAAAUACAAACAGGAGCAGCCAGAAAUCAGUGGCGCUGUCCAAGCUGGCCUCAGACCUCACCAGUAUGGUGAACAACCCCCAGUUCAGUGAUGUCCAGCUACAGGUGGACAGUGGGGAGGUGUACUUCACCCAUUCAUUCAUGCUGUAUGCUCGAUGCCCCCUGCUGGCGCAGAUGGUCCAUGACAGUGGAUUCGGGGUGCAGGAGGACGGCAUGCCCUCAGCCCAGAGGGUGUUGUUGGGUGAGGUACCAGGCCAGGCGGUAUAUACCCUGCUCCAGUACCUCUACACAGCCCACUGCCCCCUCACACACAUCCUGCUGCCACACGUUCAGGAGCUGGCAGCCAGGUUCAACCUGGAGGAGCUGCAGCAGCUGUGCCAGCUCUACCCAGCUCAGACAGACCUCCACAGAGGUGUAGAGGGACAGGGGGGUCAGUGGGGAGACUACCCAGCCCAGGAGCACCAAUCUGGGGGAGAGGAGGAGCACCAAGACCAGGUCUUCAUGGAGCUCCUCCGCUCCAUGUGGAAUGAAGAAGAGGUUGAGGAAGAUGAGGACAGAGGAGAGGAAGGAGGGAUUGCGAUGGAGGAGGGGCGAGGGGAUGGCGUGACGAUAGAAGAUGGAGAGACGAACGAAGAAAGGGUGAACGAAGAAGAGAUGGAGGAGAUAUAUGAGUUUGCUGCCACUCAGAGAAAGAGGGAUGAAGGAAAAGAGAGCGAAAAGGAAGAAUCAGAGGAGGAGGAGGGAGGAGUGGCAUUUUUCACAGAGACAGAAGAAGAGCAGGAGGCUCCAAUCCAAGCUCACUCAUUGGCUGAACACUCAGAUACGGGUGAAUUAACAUGCAUGAUGUCCCCUCAAACAAAAACUCCCAGUUUAGAGGCAGACAUGGCUAUUGGUGACAUUGACACAGACCGGGAGAAUCCAAAUAGGAUAAAAGCUGAUCUCAACAAAUCAGAAGGUAGAGAUCUAGAACGUUCUAGAACAGCCACCGUGGAGUCAGACAGAACAAAACAAUUUGAAUCAAACGUCACAAGCUCAAGAAGUGUUGGAGAGGUAUCAACGACAAAAAGCCUCCACUCCAGUCCGAUUGACGAUCAAGAACUAAACGCUAGUCUAGACCGUAGCUACAGCCGCCUCUUCUCUGACUCUUGGGGGGUCUAUGAGACGCAGGAGGAGCCCCACACCUCCCCACCAACACAACCAUCCUGCCACUCCCAACCCCACAGGGCUAUCCAGAAACCCUCCCGCUCCCAGCCCCCCAGGACCAUGGUAGUGGAGGGUGCGAGACAGCCAGAACUCACCUCCCCACCCCCACCGUCCUCCUGCUCCCAGCCCACAAGGGUGAGGGUCGAUGGGGGUACGAGACAGACAGCGAUCCCUACCCUCCAGUACUCAGCCAUUGAAAUCAUUGACCUCUCCAUCAGUCCUCCUCUGGUCCCUGGUGUAUCCGCCCUACCUGUUCCUGGUUUGUCCCCAGGGGAAGUGACUGACACCGGGGCACGAGUUAGGACGAAGGGAGUGGUGGGAAGAGGGAAAGUUCCUGUGUGUAAGGAGAUACUCCAAGAGAAGGUACCGUCUAGUCCAGAGGACUUAAAGAGAGAGAGUUAUGGUCCGUAUAGUAUUUCUGUACCCGUCUCUCCUCCUCACAGUACCAAAGAAGAACCUGAGCUUAUAGUUCUGUCUGACUCUAGUGAAGAGAUGGAGGUAGGGGAUCUAGGACCUACCAGCCCCUCUCCACCACCCCCUACUCGUCUCUCCCAGAACCACCAAGGCUACACCCGAAUCACAACUCAAUCCAACACAGAACCCAAGAAACCCACCUCGAUAACCCAAUCAGACACAGAACCUAAGAAAUCCAGCUCGAAGGAGAAAGAGACUAUUGGUGGUUUUGUGAGGGAUCCUUCUGUCUCACCUUCAGAUCAAGGCUUAGAUCCAGAUCCUCCAGGUUAUAAACCAGGUUCUAACCCAGGUUCUGCUGGUUCUACUAGUCUCAUGGACUGUUCUGCAGAGAUGUCUUGGCUCAUCCCGGCCACUCCGCCCCUGCCAUCCAGGAGGACGAGCUCUACCCAGACCUUUAGUAGCAUGCGUCGCACUCAGCUCUUUCCUAAGGCCAACUCUUCUUCCUCCUCUUCUGCAGCGUCAGUUUUCUCCUCUCCCACCCUCCCUUACAGGCCUAGCCGCCAGACCUCACACCCACCCAGGGUUUCUACACAUUCUGCCCAGACAGAGUCCUCUAUUUCUAGGCAGAAAUCAGACAGCAGAGGGCUUCGGCACUCCAGCUUGGGUCUCGACCAUGACGACCUCUCUUCCCAGAAAUACAACAGUGGUUCUGGAUCCACAGUCCCCUCCAAGUCCCAACCAAAACGCUCCUGCCUACCCCGCCUGACCCCCACUUUCUCCGUCAUCCCCCCACCAGACCCCUCCACCAAGGGUACUCCUCUCCACAACAUCCCCCAGCCAUACAGCUCCACUCCCCUUUAUUCAGAUCUACCCAAGCCCUCUGCUCCAUCUCUGGCCUCCCCUCUUCUGAGAGACGGGGAGGGGGACAACGGAACCAGGCAGAGGGGGCUGGGGAUCUCUGGGAGCCCAUGGAAGAGAGGGGGAGAGGGGUCUCUGGGCCUAUCCCUCUCGGACCCAUCCUCAUCCCCACAUAAGGAGUCCCUUACCCAACCGAGAGAGAACAGCGGCUCCCCCGGACAACGCCGACCAUCCAGUGAGUCUAAAUACUUCCACAGCCCAGGAGACAGCGAGACGGGGGAGAGAAAGAGAGGGGUGAGAGAGGAAUCGGAUGAGAUUAUGAAAAUGGAGGAACUGGAAAGGAGUGUUGUGAAAGAGGAAGAGCAGGAGGAAGAGCAGGGAGAAGAUAUGGAGAGGUCCAGUAACAGCUUUCAACAGAGCUUCCUCGGGAUGGACGAGCCACCCAUGGCCUUCGAUGACUCCUGGGGCCUAAACGCAGGAGGAGGGGACACGGACGGAGAACGAUCCCAGGCAGUGUGCUUCAGUCUGAGGCUAGAGAGCAGCGGUGGUGGGACUAGUCCAAGACAGGGCCGGAGAGAUGGAGAGAUUGCAGGAACAUCCUCUACUUUUACCCCCUCUCCUCUUCCUAAAGCCUACACCACCCCCUCUCCACCUCUACCCAACACCACUACACCCCAGGCCAACCCAGAGAUCAACGCUAGCCUCCUGGACGCUGAGAUCUGGGACGACUGGGGGCAGGAAGAGGAUGAGGCUCUUCCUCUCUCUCAGAGGGUGAAUCCUGUAGCUCUGGCUCAGAGAGUGGCCCAGCUCAAGACUCCAGUGGCCCCCCGUAGGAAAGGCCAGCAGGGCCCCCUGGUCCCCAUCACCCCCAUGCCCAGCUACUCUGACAUGGACACACCUGACCUCAAGAACAAGCUCAACAGAUUCGGUGUGCGUCCCUUACCCAAGCGCCAGAUGAUCCUGAAGCUCAAGGAGAUCCACCAGUACACCCACCAGGUCGUCAGCUCAGAGUCCGAGGACGAGGCACCUUCCCUGGGUCGCCCCAGAGCCGUCGGGCCCCCACCCACCACCAUGGAGCCCACCAGAAAGCCAGUGUCCUGUGCCCAGGCUGGGGGGUUUAAAGAGCCUGGUGGAAAAGCAGCACCUACAGUCUCCCUGGUGAAACUGCCUGGUGAGGAGGACAUGGAGCCUCUCUCUGCCUCUCAGGGAUCCAAUACGUCCUCCACAGCACCCAGUGAAGACUCUGAGAGGUCUAAUCCAGAGCAGUGCCUCUCUGACGACUCGGAUAACGACAACAUUACUGCCUCGCAGUCUGCCUCCAAGCUCCAGGACAAGCUCGUCGCUGUCCGUCAUUUCAUCCAGUCAGACCCUGACCUCUACGGGCAGAUCCUCCACUACCAGCCCCUGGUCCUGUCAGACCUCCAGGCCAGACUCCGGGCCGCAGGUAUCCAGCUGGGGGCCGCCAAGCUACUAGACUACCUGGACUCCCAGUGCAUUACGUUUACCACAGCCAAGCCUGGACUGAGGGGAGGAAGAAAGAGAAGAGGGAAGGGGGUGACCAGGGCUGGAGGGAGGGGAAGGAGAGGGAGAGGGGCAGCUAAAACGGCAGAUUGAAGUUACCUUUGAGGGGAUACAGUGGAGGCAAAAGUGGAUUUUGAAAGGAUUUGCGGGAAAUAAUUGAGUCUAAACUAAAUCAGUGGCAAUUAAGGCUGUAACGUGUUACUACCUUUGAGUUCUGGUUGAACUGUUUCCUGUUCAUAUUGGUUGGAUGUUGGACUUCUAAAAUUAAGUCAUGUUUAUGUUCUCUUCCUAGGGUCCUAUCUUUACAGCAUGCUAUACUAGUCUGGACUAAGCCGUUUUCACUGGGUUAUUGUCCACAAGACAAAAUAGUUAACAUUCAAAACCCCUGGAUUACCCGGGAAUAACUCCAACACAAAGGAAAAUAGUGAAAAA